UAACAGGUUUGAGAGCAACCUGGGAGACAGAGGCAAUGUUGGAAUGCGGGGAAACUAUAACCGUGGAAAUCGUCGUUAUGACCACAAUCAGAGCUAUGGCAGCGGCUAUGGUGGCAGGCAUGGUGGUGAUAUGAGCUUUAACCACCAGGUGGUAAAUCCAUGGGAGGGUGGUGCAAUUCCCGAUCCUGGUAGUGCAAGAGGUCAUUCAGGUUUCAUGCCGCCUCAUGGAGGAACUGGUGGCAGUCUUUUAGGAGAGUUCAGAGGAAGUUCAGACAUAGUGGGGUCCAUUAACCACCUCACCCGAAUGGGCAACCCUGAAUCGAAACUUGCUCUGAAUAUCCUCAAUGCAGUUCUCGCAAAAGAUGAAGGUCGGAGUCACUGGAGUGGUGGUCCCCCUGCUGAUAAAAGAAGGCGCAUGGAUACAUGCUAAAGGAGGUAAAAGUGAAAAAGAAAUUGCUGAGGGCACAGGGGAAGAAAUUGAUGAUGCAGCCGAUUCCAAAAAAGCUAGUCCCGGGAAUACUGUCCAGGAAGGAGAAAAGAAUGCAAUAAGCAUCAAUAAGUCGCUGAGAUGUCACAUAUGUAAUUUCUACUCUUUCUCUAGCACUAAGACUUUCAGGAAUCAUUUAGAAAGCACAAACCAUGAACGCAUGCAGCGUAUUUUCCAUAUCAAAGAAGCAUCUAUUCUGCAAUUCUUAAGGGCACAAUCAAAGCUGGCUUCACAGAGGAACAUUCUGAGGCUACGGAGGUUGGGUGCAAAAGGUCGCAUCAUGCAGUGUACGAAGUGUCUUUGUCCCUUUAUGGGAAGUCUUGCUGAUCACAGAAAAACUCGAGAACACCUUCUUGUGAGUAACUUCUCAAAAUGCACACACUGCAAUCUUUUGUUUGACAACAGAAUUGAACUGGAGAAACACUGCUUCUCCUAUUUCCACAUGAUGAGGGAAGCUGUUUUAGAGAAGAAGAGGAAGGAGAGGCUGAUGACAACAAUGAAGAUAAAAGAGAGAAUUCCAGAAUAUGCACCUUUCCGUAAAUUUCACAUUGCCGUCGAGAAGCUGAAGAGAGAAAAUAAGCAUACUAAGCAUGGGAAUGUAUUCGACUUGAGCCGAAUGCCAGUAUACGACCCUGCAAAUCUUAUAGGCUUAAAUUUUAUAACAAAGAAAUCUCAUUUCUACUGCACAAUAUGUUCAGACAAAUUGAUACAAUCACCAAGUGAGACUCUGGCCCAUUUUUCUUCAUUGCAACAUUAUGAGAAAUAUGCUACUCACCUUAAGUCAUUGGAGGAAAAGAAAGCUGACAAAGAAAAUCAAGAAGAUAGCAACCAAGAAAUAGUGCAAGAUGAUAAGAAUGAAACAAAUGAUGGUGAAUCUGCAGAAAAGGAUAGCAGUGAAGAUGAGGAAGAUGAGAAUGAAGAAGUAAUAGAUGAAGGUGAAGAAGAAAUGGACACAAACACACCUGCUGCUAAUAAGAAAUCUGAGGAGGAGGAGCAGCAGCAGGAGGAGGAUGAAUGUGUUGUCAGUAUGACAGAUAAAUUGGGCGAUACCUUAGAAUUGCUGGAGGAAGAUGAUGAUGCCUUACUGGACAGUGAUGUUGAUGAUGAAGUAAAAGAAUCAUUAACAAAGUGCAAGGCAAUGGAUGAUGGUGAUGUAUUACCAGUGCUUGAGGAUGCUGUUGAAAUAAAAACAGAAGCAGAAGCAAAGGUUGAAGAAGAAAUGGAAACUGAGGAAGUUGUUACAAAAGUUGAGAAAGUUUCAACACCUGUUAAAGAAGUAAAAUCCAAAAAAGAAGAGAUAGAAACUGUAAAAAAAGAAAUGAAAGGUGUAGAAGAAAAGGAGACAGGUGAGAAGGAUGAACCUGCUCCAGUAGUUUCCACACCACGUAGCCGAAGGGGAAAGGUAAAAGGAAGGGGACGUGGCGGGAAGAAGUAGUGUGUCAAGUCAAAUCUUCAUUGCAUCACAUAACCAAAAGUCUGCCGUCUGUCAUGAAGAAAGAGCUGUGGAAGAAGUGAAGAGAAAGGAUAGAAGAAAAUACUGCAUAUAUUCCCAGAAAUAUAAAUUCAUGAUUGAAAAUAGACAGCAGCAAGUACUUGAUGUAUAUAAAUAAGUAAAUUAUUGAGCAUUGUGUGUAAUGUAAACACUAAUAUAGUUUUAUUGUUAGUGAUUUCGUAAGUGUACCCAAAGAUUGCAUAACAUUUUUUUUAUAUUUGUACUUCGUAAAAAAAUUAAAUUGGAUGAGCACCUUGAGAAGGAGAAUUCUUGUUUUUAAAUGGCAAAGCAGCAUUAUACAGUAUAUAAAGAGUUAAAUGUGUAGUUAGUUUAUAUUAGAAUUGAUUUAUACAACUACUUAAAAAGCUUUUACAUGUCAUACAACCUGUAUAAUGAUCAUAACUUGUUACCUGUACUUUCAACAUGAAGCUUAAUAUUGUAGUUACCAAAGACUUUGUAUGUAGCCUUAUUUAGCUUUGAUGAACAUUUAGGACAUUAAAAAUGCAGUUUCAUUUCAUGCUCAUAUUUUAGUCUUUAUAUCCAAAUCAUAUACUGAAUAUACAUGCAUAUAAAAAGAGCGGAGGUAUUUCGUCCUUAUAAGACAUUAAAAUAUAGAUUUGUUUACAUGGUAAUCUCUCAUUUUAUCAUUUUCCAUGUACCUGGGGUAUAUAAAUUAGAAAUUGUGGCAUGAAGUUUUGCCAGUACACAUUGGCUACUACUGAAUAUAAUACAACAUAGAAGUUUUGGGUAUUCACUUUCAUUAUGUGUAAUGUAAUAUUUGUUAUUGAAUUUACGUACUGUAGAAUUUGUCAAGCAGGUUUUAGAAAUCCUAUACAGCAUUUGUUUGCUUGAACAAAUAUUGUUAAGCAGAUUGAAAUGAUUGUCAGGCACCUGUUUACAACAGCUACUUCAAUUAUUUUUGUGAAUUUUUAAUUUAUAUUCAACAAUGUCAAGGAUUCCUUCAGUGCUUACAAACUGGACCUAGUGAAGGAAUAAAAGUAAAUAAUUGUUUACCAGUAUAGAACAUUCAUCUUUUUUCAAUAUUAAGUUGUUGCAUUUACAAUUUUAUUUGUAAAAUUUAGGUGUUUUCUGUGUAACCUUUUAGUACCACUGACGUCGCCAUAAUUGCUUUUCCUUUUUUAUUUAGGAUCGUACUUUUUUCACUGUACCAAUUAAAAGAAUAAAAUGUG